CCACCCAGCUGCUUAAUUUGAUCAAAUAAAGUGCUGCUUGAUCAAGAAGUCUCCGCUUGGGUUAUCUGAUUAGAUUGAUACGGUAUCUCAAGUUUAAGUUCGGGACUGGGAUCUUACAGGCAAACAGCUUGCCACACAGAGUUGAAGCUAUGGUGCUGAUCAGAGUGCUAGCAAACCUUCUGAUACUACAGCUUUCUUACGCACAAAAGUCUUCUGAACUGAUCAUUGGAGGUGAUGAAUGUAACAUAAAUGAACAUCCUUUCCUUGUACUCGUGUACUAUGAUGAUUAUCAAUGCGGUGGGACUUUGAUCAAUGAGGAAUGGGUGCUCACUGCUGCACACUGCAAUGGGGAAAAUAUGGAGAUAUACCUUGGUAUGCAUAGCAAAAAGGUACCAAAUAAGGAUAGGCGGAGAAGAGUCCCAAAGGAGAAGUUCUUUUGUGACAGUAGCAAAAACUACACCAAAUGGAACAAGGACAUCAUGUUGAUCAGGCUGAACAGACCUGUCAGGAAGAGUGCACACAUCGCGCCUCUCAGCUUGCCUUCCAGCCCUCCCAGUGUGGGCUCAGUUUGCCGUAUUAUGGGAUGGGGCACAAUCUCACCUACUAAAGUGACUUUGCCCGAUGUCCCUCGUUGUGCUAACAUUAACCUACUCGAUUAUGAGGUAUGUCGAGCAGCUUACCCAGAGUUGCCAGCGACAAGCAGAACAUUGUGCGCAGGUAUCCUGGAAGGAGGCAAAGAUUCAUGUGGGGGUGACUCUGGGGGACCCCUCAUCUGUAAUGGACAAUUCCAGGGCAUUGUAUCUUGGGGAGGCGAUCCUUGUGCCCAACCUCAUGAGCCUGGCCUCUACACCAAUGUCUUCGAUCAUCUUGACUGGAUCAAGGGCAUUAUUGCAGGAAAUACAGAUGUAACCUGCCCCCUGUGAAAACUUUUGAAAAAGUCAAGAGGAGAAAAUGUAACAUAUUAGUACAUCUCUUCUAUAUCCCUAACCAUAUCCAACUACAUUGGAAUAUAUUCCCAGGCAGUAAGCUUUUUUUAGACUCAAAUAGGACUGCCUUUGGAGUAAGAAAUGCUCAAAAUAGUGCUGCAGGGAUCAUGUCCCAUUUAAUUUCAGUAUAAAACAAUCUCAGUAAAACAGAGGCCUGUUUUAGGGUGAGGUGCAAAAUUUUCUGAC